AUGUUUUACUACCCUGCGGUUCUACAGAGACAUACAGGAUGUUUUUCUACCAUCUGGCUUGUUGCUACAAAAGGCAUCAAAGUCCCUCGCAGGGAUUUCAUGAAAAUCAACGUAAUAAACACCUGUGACGACAUCAUGAACUACCUGCUGGAGCGCGUACCACCGCCUCGACCCGGUCUGCCACGGCCCCGCUUCUCGCUCUACCUCUCCUCCCAGCUCCAGUACGGCGUUGUCGUGGUCUACCACCGCCAGUGUGCCAUUCUCCUAGAGGAACUUCAGUCCGUCGUGAGCCAGCUUCUGAAACAAAGUAGUUCCCGGAAAAAUGAUCUGACUGAUCACAGCAGAAAAGUUGUUGUCCUUCCAGAUGCACUGUCUCUGAUGGAGGAGACUGAAGGAGCUCCUGAUCCUUUGUUUGGAGUGAUGAACCUGCAGGAUGCCCUGCUCAGUCCCACUGCUCUCAUACAGAUGAGUCGAGAGUAUCUGAGAGAAGCUUCUCCUGAGCUUCCUGAAUUUACCAGUCCAGCUGUGUCUGCUGCUCCAGAGCUUGAACCCUCAGGCAUCACUGCUUCUCCAGACACCAUCACCCUGAGAGAGAUGGAGCCUGUUACUAUUCCUGCUGCAGAGUUUGAGGGUCAGGACCUGGUUGAUCAUCCAGACACGAUCGACAUGCUCCUCGCCCAAACAGAUCCGUUUUCUGAAGGAGGUUUAGAUUUACCAAGAGAAGAAGUGACUUCCCAACAGGAAGAAAGAGAGCUGGAGAGGGAAGGAGACCAGGAGAAAGAGAAGACAAAGGAGCUGACCAGAUCCACCACAGAGCUGCAGCCAGCCACUGUUUCCAGUGAAGAUGCUGUGAUGUUGCCUCAGAAGGAACCAGGUCCUCCUGCAGAACUCCCUGGACCUCCCAGGGAGCAGAUCACCCCCAUCUCAGCACCGGUCCUCCCCUCACCACCUUCUGCUGCGAGGAAAAGGCGUCCAAGAAGUCCUGAUGUCCAUCCCGAGGUGAGGAGGAAGAGGAGGAAGAGGCAGCUGAUCUUCUUCGAUCCAGAGACGCAGCUCCCUGAGAGCGAGCUGCAGCAGCAGAUCAACGACCCCCUAACUGAGACCAGACGCCCGGUCCUCCCUCUGCCCUCCCGUCAAAGAAUCGUUCCUGCUUCGAAGCUCUUCAAUAAUCCCUCCGGCUUUUUGCCCGAUGAGGUUCUGUCUCUAUGGAGACAGGCUGCAACCAUCUCCCCUCUGCUGGGCUCGGACCUUCAGGUCGGUGAGAGGGGCCCCGAGUCCACCGACUCCGAGAGGGAGAGAGAGCGUGAGGCGAUGGAGGAGGCAGAAAAAGAGCAGCUAAGACUUGAGCUGAUUUGCAAGGAGGUGCAGAGAGAUGUGGCGGAGAUUGGGAUGAUCGAUUUCUCAGCUGAAGGUACGCUGUCACUGGAGGCGUCUGACCAACGGGAGGCGUCUCGAGAGAUCUCGCCUGUGUACACAUCUGACAGAGAAGGGUCCAUCGUGUCCAGGGCUGUCCAGAAGCUUCCGGACAUCCCCGAGGCAGAGAAGGAGGUGGUGGAGAGAGCAGCAGUAAAGUCUCCUGGGUUGCUGCCAGACUUGCUGGAGUUUGAAGGGGAGGCAGUACUUUUUCAGUCUCUUUUACCACCAGAGGUCAACCGCAGAACUGUCAGCAGCAUUUUUCAGAAUCUCCUGGAGCACCUGUCGUCCAGGAGGAUCAGAGCCGAGCAGGACGAGCCGUACGGGGACAUCUUCCUCUUUCCUGGAGACAACUACUAA